CAUGAAGAGCCUCCUCCUGCUGCUGGCCACGCUCCUGCUCCCUGCACACCUGGCCAUGGCCUGGAGCACCAAGUAUGCAGUGGACUGCCCGGAGCACUGUGACACUACGCACUGCAGCUCUGUGCGCUGCAAGAGGACCGUGCUGGACGACUGCGGCUGCUGCCGUGUGUGCGCUGCGGACCGGGGAGAAACCUGCUACCGCACCGUGUCUGGCAUGGACGGUGUCAAGUGUGGCCCGGGGCUGAGGUGUCAGUUCUACCACGAGGAGGAUGCUUUUGGGGACGAAUACGGUAUCUGCAAAGACUGCCCCUAUGGCACCUUUGGGAUGGAAUGCAGAGAAACUUGCAACUGUCAGUCAGGCCUCUGUGACAGGGCCACUGGCAGAUGCCUACAGUUUUCCUUCUACCAGACUCCAUCAGUCAAGUCUAAAAAAAGGACAUUUGUUUCUCACUCAGAGCAUGAGAUGGCAUCUGGAGAUGGCCAUGCUGUGAGAGAAGAGCUUGUGAAAGAGAAUGCUGCCAGGUCUCCUGUGAUGAAAUGGUUAAAUCCACGCUGAUCUUGGAUGGGACUUAUAA